AUGAGAGACGCCAGCAGGACCGGAGUGAGAGCGGUCUAGGCGACAGCAACAGAAAUUGGCCUUGAAGGUACCAUGCAAUGCCUGGACCUUGGCAGAUGAGUCAUUUUCGGAUCUCUGGGGCAGCGCUGGGCUUCUUGUGGUUCUCUGCUCUGCUGAAGGCAACACCUGAUUUUUCAGGUUACCUACAGAAGGUUCUGAAGAAUCAGACUGCCCAUGCUUGUGAUGGAGAACAGAUGACGGUCGUUUGCCCUCACAAAACCUCCAUCAGUGUCUUUUCUGCAUUCUACGGGCGCCGGGUGCCCAGCCAAAACCUCUGCCCAGCCUCAGGAGAGCUCACCUUUGAGAACACCAAUUGUGCAUCUGCUACAGCUCGCCAGAAACUAAUGGAUGAGUGUCAAGACCAGCGCUGGUGCCAUUUCUCUGUCCACAGCCGCGUAUUUGGGGCAGAUCCGUGUCCAGGAACACGCAAGUACUUGGUUGUUUCAUAUAAAUGCAGGCCAGCUAACCACCGUCUCAAGACAGCCUGUGAGAACGACAAGCUGAGACUACAGUGUCGGAAGAAGUCUGUUCUAGCCAUCUAUUCUGCUGUCUAUGGGAGGCCUUUGCGUGGGAAGCCGGAGUGUGAUUCUGUGAAUGGGACUAGCCCUGGCAUAGAAUGUCUGGCUCCCGAUGCGCUGAGGAAAGUUUCCCGAAGAUGUCACCGGAAGGAGAACUGCACUGUCGCUGCCAAUAAAGCCACCUUCGGCGAUCCCUGCUUGCCCGGAGUGAAGAAGCAGCUCAGAGUCUCCUAUACUUGUGUGCCAAGACAGUUGCUGGAGGAGGUGAGCCAUGAUUCCCAGGAAGACCCCUUCUCAAUCUCGGACUACACGCAUGGUGGCUGGUACACUGGGCCAAGGCUGGCCAGGCUUCAAGAAAACCUGAUGCUAUUUACUAACUCUCUGGAAACUUUUGCCUAUGUCUGGGGCGCUCCCGAGAAGGUGGGUUUCUAUUUCCUGUGUGGUGUUUCAGUGGGCCUGGUGUUUCUUCUCCUCCUCUUUGCCCCCAAAGCGGACUUUUGGCGUGACUUAAAGGAGGCCUUCAAGGGCAAACAGCUGAGCAACAGUUUAGAGCUGACCCAAACCAAGUCACGAGAUGAACAAGAGGACGACAACCAGGAUGACGAUUCCUCAGACUCAUCCUUCCGCCGCCUCACCCAGAUCUAUCGUACUUCCAACAACAUCUUUGGGCCGGAGCUGACUGCAACCCUGGAAAGUGCAGCUGACCUGAGGAACAAUGCAGGAGAUGAGAUCUGGAUCCCCAAGGAGUCCAGCCCAUAUGCCAUUCACAAAAUUAAGUCAGCCACCAAGUGAGAGAAGAACCAGCUUAAGAUGGGUUUUUUUUUUUUAAAAAAGGUGUGUUGUAGGCUACUGAUUUGAACUGGUGAUUUUGUGGAGGUUUGAGCUGUGAAACAAAUCCAGUAAAUUAAGAGCAGGAUAUAA